CCUCUACGUCGGCUGCUUAUCCAUACCCUAGCCAUCCGAACCCCACACCUCAUCAAAUAUUUCACUUAUCCCCGGGAGCGUCUCAGAAAGAGAUCAAAGAAAGGUACUACGACCUGGUCCGCGCUCACCAUCCGGAUUCGCCUUCUUGCCGUCAUCUUCCGUCUUCCGAACGACAUCACCGCUUCCAAUCUAUAUCGUCUGCAUAUGACGUCCUACGCGGACGUAGACCCUUGCACGACUCGCACACCCGCAUGUGGCGCUCCCCGGACAUGGCUGCAGAACUGGAGCGGCGGCGGGCGUACUAUCAGCGCACGUACAGGGCGGAGAGGAAGGACCAGUGGGGCGAUGAAUUCGCUGCGAGGCACGGAGGUGGACGGGACUGGAGCUGGGAUGCGGACGACGCAUGGAAAGACAAGGUGAUCAUCGCCGGCGGGCUCGUGUCCCUGGUCAUUGGCCUUGGGCCGAUCUUUGUGUGGAACCCUAUGCAAAUGACGGAGAAGCGACAUCUUGCUGCGGCUGCCAACCUUGCGGAGGCGCGCCGCGAGGCCCGAGAAUACGGCUUCGAGAGGCGAAGGGAGAUUCGCCGGCGAGUCAAGGAGAUGGAAUACGAAGACAAGAGGCUGAAGGAAACGUGCAUGGAGCCAGAUAUUGCAGCGCCGAAAAGCUGAUCGCAAGUUCGUAGACGCGAGUCGACUUAUCACGCUUCCCUAGUAUGUACUCUAUAUCUCACUCUGUAUUCAUACACGUGUAUCUUUAUUGCGAGAUUCUCGAAUUCUGAAGGUUAGACGCCGU